GGAAAGCCGGUGGCCGCGUGUGAAUUCUUUCAUGGCAAGGGGCGGCCUGAUUCGACAUUGUAUUCGGUCGAGGUGGUUUUCCUUCUUAAUUAUAUUUUAUCUUUAGGUCAGUAGAUUAAAUUUUUAAUUGAGUAGGUGAAUAUAACAGAUGUAAGUAAAUGCACUCUAUCUGUAUCAUUAUUACUUUUCUUUUUUUCCCUUGAAUUUAAAUUUAAUAUCAAUCAAGAACAAGGCAACGGAGCAUAAAAUCAAUCGAGCAGGAAAAGACAUAGGAGAUCCAUGAACUAUUAAUCAACAAUGGCCGCUAAAGCUGAAAGUAGUGAUGAGAGUGGGGUGAAGCUACUCAGUGGUAUCAAUGACCAGUACGGAGGUGUCAUCGUCGACAUCAUCGAUCCUAUCGACCCUGCCUCCUUCCUUUCAUUUCUUACGUCUUCAAUUGCACAUUGGAAACUUGAGGGCAAGAAGGGUAUUUGGAUCAAAUUGCCCAUCCAGCGAGUCAAUCUUGUUGAACCUGCAGUGAUGAAAGGAUUCUGGUAUCACCACGCAGAGCCUACUUAUUUGAUGCUGGUAAAUUGGAUUCCUCCUUCCCCUCAUACUCUUCCAUCAAAUGCUUCCCACCGAGUCGGAAUUGGUGCAUUUCUCCUCAAUCAAAACCGAGAGGUGCUAGUAGUCCAAGAAAAGAGCGGAAAGUUGGAGGGUACAGGUGUGUGGAAAUUCCCUACAGGAGUUGUCGAUGAGGGAGAAGAUAUCUAUGCAGCUGCUGUGAGAGAAGUAAAAGAAGAAACUGGAAUUGACUCAGAGUUUGUGGAAGUCCUAGCGUUCAGACAAAGCCACAAGUCAUUUUUUGAGAAAUCAGAUUUAUUUUUUGUAUGCAUGUUGCAAGCCCUUUCCUUUGACAUCCAGAAGCAAGAACAAGAGAUAGAAGCAGCCCAGUGGAUGCCAUUUGAAGAAUAUGCUGCCCAACCGUUUCUCCAGAACAGUGAGCUUCUAAAGUACAUCAAUGCAAUAUGCAAGGCAAAAAUGGAGGGGGAGUAUUCCGGAUUUUCUCCGGUAACUACAACUAGUUCUUCUGAUGAGAAGAGCUACUUGUACUUGAAUAGUAGUAGGGCACCAAAGAGAGAAAGUAAAGUUGAAGUGUGAUUCUAGUCGAUCAAAGGUUUCAUUUUGUAAUGGAACGAGAGUCGACAGUGAAGUUUAAGGUUCAUGUUGUAAUCAAAGAAGCCAAUCUGACUCGUGUCCUUCAUCUUUCUAGCAUGUAAUUAAAGAGAAUCAAUGUGAUUUACAUCUUCAUUCA